AUGCGGUCGCCGCCCACGCAGAGCCCCAGCAAGGCGUCUGCGGUCUCGUUGAUAGCCCCAACUGUGUCGACUAGCUCAGAGAGAGCUGAGCUCUUGUCAGUGCCGCGGCCCAAUCACUCCAUCGAGCCGCUGGGGAAUCGCGAACGACCUGCGCCGACGGCUGCUGCCGCUGCUGUUGCGUCUUUAGGUCACCCACAGCACUCAGAGCCGAUGAAGGCUCCGUCACCGCAGGCAACCAGGCUCCCUUCGGACCGAUGCCAGCACUCCCCCUCGUCCCCCACUGCAACUGCGGCUGCCAGCAGCAACAAGUCGGCAACUUACAAGCCAUAUUCACUGAGCUCGUACAAGACGCUCAUGGCAGAUGUGGCGGCGCGCAAGCUGGGCGGUCUGGGGCCCAGCGACACGGACGAGCAGCGGGCUGCGCGUGAGAAGCGCGAGAGGGCCAAAGCGUACGCCAGGCAUGCCAUGAAGGUAGCGCGCGCCGCUCUGGCGGGGAUGGGCUCGUGCGCUGACGAGGGCGAGGCCGACCCCGACACCAUCAACAUCUCCCCUGUCUCUUCCUCCAGACGUGCUGCCAGAGCGCGAGGCUCCUCAUCAGCGUUGUCAUCCUCGUCAGACGCAAGCACGGCAGCUACAACUACCACUACCACUUCCACGUCAACGUCGCGCUCGGCCUCUGCAGAGUCUCCUGAGCAUCGCAGGCGGCCGCCGAGAGGUGCAGCUUGGGCAGCUCUGCCGCCACAGGCGACUCCUCCACAGCACACGACGUUGGAGCCGUCAUCGUCGGCCACAUCACCGCGACAGCUGUCGGCUGCUGGGGUGAACGGCGGCGCGGGCACCCCGUCCUCCUCCCGGGCUGAGAGCACCAACGCCAAAAGCCCGAAAGCGGUGCUACCUCCGCUGUCGGCACCUCCACGCACGUCGUCAGCAGUCGCCGCCUUCGCCGUGGCGGCUGCGCCACGACGGCAGAUCAUGCAAGCGCGACGACGUCGCGAGCGCGCGCUGACCUACGCGCGGGAGGUAUCGCAGAAGCGCCAACGGCCAACGCCCCCGGAGUUUGAGGGUGACAACACGACUUGCGCGGCGUCUGGCGAGACGAAAUCGCGGACCAGGCCAGUCGCAAAGAGCAGCGAGAUGGAUGAGGAUGACAUGAGGCUGGGCGGGGCCGCCUUCAUCUCCUCUCCCGGUGCAUUUCGAGGAGUCGAUGUGCCCGAUCCGGAUCGAGCCCAACGCCUGCAGCGCCUGCUAGACCUGGAGGCUCUGCAUGCCACGAAGAGGGAGGCCGUGGAGGUGAUUCGCCGACACCUGCGUGCGUGA